UGUUGCUUGUUACUGACAGUUUUAUACAGCAGCGCUCUUAAUAACCAGAGUGACUUGCCUUUUUGAAACAGUUCCCAUGUACAAUAAUACGAGUUCUACCAAAAACUGCUUCUCUGAAUGUUACCUAAUAAAAGAGAAGGUAGCUGCUGUUUGCAUGUUAUGGAUUUAAUGACAGUAAUAUUUCUUAGUGACAGUGGGAUGUUGGAUAAUUGUAGGAAGUGAGGAAUAUUUUCUUGACAGCCGCAGCCUCUCUCAAGCUGCUGGAAUUUGGAAUGCACCAUGCAAAUAGGAUUCACUACAAUGACUCUUAAGCAAUCUACUUCUGACUGUUGACCUUCUCCCUCAGUUCCGGAUCUGCCAGACCAACCGGAAAGCUGCAAAAAAAGAAGAAUGGCAUUUGAUUCUGACUCCACCUUGAAUAUGAAAUAAAGAGAAAGAAAGAGUAGAUUCAAAGAAUUUAGUAAAAAAAGAGUGGAGAACAAGAUGCCCUUUAAAUGAAAUACUAUAUACUCAGACAUAUGACAUUCAUACACUAAAAGUCCACAGUGGUGAAGAGGACCAAAAACAUAAAGCUAACACACUUGCUAAAAAUUUCAGCAGGGCGCAAACUGUCAAAAUGGAGAAAACUGUUCGAAUACAUGGGUUUCCUAUAAGUUUUGGAGGUGAAUCUUCUGUUUGAGUUGUCCUUGACUAACCAUAUAUCCAGAUAGUCCAAGACCAUGUCCAGCAUGGUUGGGCUGAGCAGAGAUCAAGAAGACAAGAUGGAUGCUGAUGAUAUUAUUCUGAACACAAAGCAAGUCAUCCAGGGGCUAGAGGCCUUGAAAACUGAGAACAAAUCCAUACUACAAACUCUGGAAGAGACUCUCUGCAUGCAAAGAGAAAAAGCAUUAGAAGAGGAACAUGGGAAAAAGAAAGAGAGAGAAGAAACCAUUGGAGUAGCAGAAGAAAAAACCAGCCUGAUUCUAAGUUUAUUAGAAAAAAUCGAGCUUGGACUUGGAGAAGCACAAGUUAUGGUUGCACUUUCCACCCACCUUGGCUCACUAGAAGCAGAGAAGCAGAAGCUGAGGACACAGGUGAAAAGAUUGUGCCAGGAAAAUCAAUGGUUACGAGAUGAACUGGCAAAUGCUCACCACAAGCUUCAGCUUAGUGAGCAGACAGUAGCUCAGCUUGAGGAAGAGAAGAAACAGCUGGAGUUUGUGAACCAGCUGAGGAAAUACAGCCUGGAUGAUUCAACGCAAGAAGAUAAGACAAGCAUUCUGAAAAAGGAUCCCCUGGAUGAGCUAUUCCCGAAUGAAGAUGAGGACCACUCAGAAAUGAAUCAUCAAACCAGUAGUGCAGUUACAGCUGCCCAACAGGGUGGGUAUGAGAUUCCUGCCCGUCUGCGCACACUCCAUAACCUGGUAAUACAGUAUGCUUCACAAGGUCGCUAUGAGGUUGCUGUGCCGUUAUGCAAGCAGGCUCUCGAGGAUCUGGAGAAGAACUCUGGACACAACCAUCCUGAUGUAGCAACCAUGCUCAAUAUCUUGGCACUUGUUUACAGAGACCAAAACAAAUACAAAGAGGCAGCAAAUCUUUUAAAUGAUGCCCUGAGCAUAAGAGAGAAGACACUAGGAGAAGACCACCCUGCAGUGGCAGCAACCCUGAAUAACCUGGCAGUGCUCUAUGGGAAACGUGGAAAAUACAAAGAAGCUGAGCCUCUGUGUAAGAGAGCACUGGAGAUCCGAGAAAAGGUUUUGGGAAAAGAUCAUCCAGAUGUAGCUAAACAGCUGAACAACUUGGCCCUUUUAUGCCAGAACCAAGGGAAAUAUGAAGAAGUAGAACAUUACUAUGAGAGAGCACUGGACAUCUAUCAAACCCAGCUUGGGCCUCACGACUCAAAUGUGGCAAAGACCAAAAACAAUUUGGCAUCCUGCUAUCUCAAACAGGGAAAGUAUCAACAGGCAGAGGCAUUAUAUAAAGAAAUAUUAACCAGAGCCCAUGAAAGGGAAUUCUGCUCCGUGGAUGGUAUUAGAAGACCACUGUGGACAAGCAGAGAAAGGGGUGACCAGCAUGGGGAUGCACAUGGAACGCUGAGACGCAGUGGCUCUUUUACAAAACUUCGUGAGUCUAUUCGGCGGAGCAGUGAGAAACUAGUCCGUAAGCUAAAAGGGACUGGCACAGAAGAUGCCCCUCCAAGAAAUCCUGGAAUGAAAAGGGCCAAUUCCCUGAAUGUUCUAAAUGUAGGGACAAGAAAUGCUCCAGACUCAUCACAGAUGCUAGCAAGCAGCCUAAAUGAAACACGUGGACUGAGUUCUAGCACCCAGAACCUGACCCACAGGGGAUCAUUUACAAAUCCCAGCUAAGCUCAAACCAAGGACAAUCAGAGCUACUGUUACAUCAACUCUACCUGGAUUUAUUGCACCUCAGCAUAAUCUUAUUUACAGUUUUGCUUUAAACUCUCCAUUACUUCCCUUGCCUUCCAUGUAUAUGGCUACAUAUAGUGGGGACGAGAAAUUACUGAGUUGUUCUAGGAAUCAGUCCAAGUUAUUAGCCUACUGAUUUUUAGAGUCAUUUUUGCUUCACUUUAAAGUCUAACAGAGUUUUAUAACCUAACAUAAUUAUGCGGCACAUUAUGGUCGCAAUCUGCAUAUUGUCUUUCUUCAAAGUCACUACACUUAUGAAUUCUCUUUUUCUCAGUUUAUCUCAGUACAGCAAUGAAAAAACUUUGCUGAUCCAAUGGUUAGAUGGCUCAGGGGUAAAAUUGUGAAGAUUCUGAUAUAUUUGAAUGGAAUGGCAGAAACACUGCAUACAAAAUGUUGCUUGACCAAUGAAGUUUCUGAUUUUUAGUAACAUUUUGACUUAGUAAGUCAGUUCUGAGGAACAGAGAAAUAAAGCCAUGACUACUGCCUAGAUUA